CUCUGCUCUCUCAUGCAUUCCUGCUCUCCACGGCUUUUUAUCGCCAUCUACGCUUCAAUCUUCUUCUGCUAUAUCUUUUUAGCUCUCGUUCGAGGGUUCUUUGGUGGAGAACAACACAGAUUUGACCUCCUGGGGUUUUUUGGGUUGUACCCAUGUCAAAAGUCCUCGGAUUUACUGGAAUUGAUGAUUUUUUCCCCGGGGGGUCAAUAUAUGCUAACCCCAAGGAGCCCAGUCUCCUCUUGUCUCUUGGCCGUCAUGUUGAUGUAUACUUUCCACCUCAAAAGAGAUCACGUAUUAGUGCUCCACUGGAGAGAUCACAAAUCAAUGGUCCAUUUCUUUUCGGUGGAGAAUGGUUUGAGGCGGAAAAGAAGCUGCAAACAUCCAUUGAAGACUUGCCAGAUGAAUGCCUCUUUGAGAUCUUCAGAAGGUUGCCCGGAGGUCAAGAGAGGAGUUCAUGUGCCUGUGUUUCCAAGCGCUGGCUUUGGCUUCUAGGCUAUAUUUGCAAGGAUGAAAUUUGCAGCAACAAAAAGACAAGUUAUGAGAGUGAUGUUAAUGGAGAGGAGGCUGAUGUUGAGGAACUGGGGGGCGGUGGUUACCUCUCCCGUGACUUGGAAGGAAAGAAAGCAAAUGAUGUUAGACUUGCUGCUAUUGCCGUUGGGACUGCUUCUCGUGGUGGAUUGGGAAAGCUUUCAAUCCGUGGAGACAAUUCAGGUUGUGCAGUGACUAAUGUUGGUCUCAAGGCUGUUGCCCGGGGGUGCCCUUCUUUAAAGGCUCUUUCUCUUUGGAGUGUUACUACCAUAGAUGAUGAAGGCCUGAUUGAGAUUGCAAGUGGAUGUCCCCAGCUCAAGAAGCUUGACCUUUGCUAUUGUCCCACAAUAUCUGAUAAGGCUUUGAUUGCAGUUGCAAAGAACUGCCCUAACCUGACUGAGUUAUCAAUUGAAUCAUGUCCCAGAAUUGGUAAUGAAGGUCUACAAGCUGUUGGGCAGUUUAGCACUAGCCUAAGGUCCUUAUCAAUCAAGAAUUGCACCUGUGUUGGUGAUCAGGGAAUUGCUAGCCUUUUUUCUUCAGCUUCUUUUUCUCUAACAAAGGUAAAGCUUGAGGCGCUGCCAAUUUCUGACCUUUCUUUAGCUGUUAUUGGUCAUUAUGGUAAAGCAGUUACAGAUCUUGCCUUUAAAUUCCUCCCUAAUGUCAGUGAGAAAGGGUUUUGGCUCAUGGGUAACGGCCAUGGGUUGCAGAAGUUAAAUUCACUCUCAAUUGCAUCCUGUCAAGGAGUAACAGAUAUUGGGCUUGAUGCUUUAGGUAGGGGUUGCCCAAAUCUCAAACACCUGUAUCUCUGUAAAAGUGCAUUCCUAUCUGACUAUGGGCUGGCCUCAUUUUCCAAAGCUGCUUUAUCACUGGAGAGCCUAAAAUUGGAGGAGUGCGACAGAAUCACCCAGCUUGGGAUUUUUGGUGUCAUUUUCAAUUGUUGUGCCGAAUUGAAGGCCCUUGCACUUACAAGCUGCUUUGGGAUUAAGGAUCAGAAUUUGGUGUUGCCUUCUGUAUCUCCUUGCCAAUCACUGCAGUCUCUAUCAAUUAGAAACUGUCCGGGAUUUGGUGAUGCUACAAUGGCUUUACUGGGAAAGCUUUGCCCUCAGCUGCAGUAUGUUGAAUUGAGCAAACUUGAGGGAGUGACUGAUGCGGGGUUCCUUCCAGUGCUUUUGAAUUCCGAGGCUGGUCUGGUUAAAGUUAAUCUCAGUCACUGCAUAAAUCUGACGGAUAAAGUAGUUUCCUCCAUCGCCAAUAAGCAUGGCUUGACUCUUGAGGUCCUAAAUCUUGAUGGUUGUAAAAAGGUCAGCGAUGUUAGCUUGAUGGCAAUUGCUGAAAACUGCCCAUUGAUCUGGGAUCUGGAUGUCUCUGAGUCUGCAAUUACUGAUGCUGGUGUCACAGCCUUGGCAGGUGGUGGCAUGUUCCAUUUGCAGAUCCUUUCCUUGUCAGGCUGCUCUCUUGUUUCAAACAAGAGCCUGCCUGCUUUGCGAAAUUUGGGUGAGACCCUUUUGGGAUUAAAUAUCCGCAACUGCAAGGCAAUUAACGGCCGUACUAUUGGGAAGCUUGUGGAACGGCUCUGGAGGUGUGACAUCCUUUCAUGAGCAAGAAAAAUGAUUCUCUCUCUGCAGAUAAGGGCACUAGUGCCGUGGGUUGAACCAAGUAGGAGGUUUUUUAGAUAGCCUUGAUGUUGUUGUUCCAUAGUAGUUUUUGGGUCCAUUAUAUGGGUCUUGUCCUCCAGGUACUCUGUUCUCUUUUUCCAGGGCAUACAGUUAUAGUUUUUGCAGGUUUCCAUCAUUUUAUAGGAAAUCUGUUCGAAGUUUUUGCCUCCCAUUAAUGGGGUGUCAUCUUCUAAAUGGCUGUAUUUCUGUGAGAACAUAGUUACGGGGUUCUGGAGUUAGGAAUAUUUUAGUGGUGUUGGCAUCCGAUGUUUUUAGCCUGACAUUUCAUCGGUUUUGCCACCGUGUUCGUCCAAUUUCCACUUGCAAGUUUUUACAGUUUCUGUAUCCAGAGUCUGUCCGGUAUUGUUUACCAAAUCGUGAUGGUUUGGGCCUAAGUUUUACUCGAAGGGUAGGUUAUCUGAUCUGUGGUUGCUGUUUGUCAGUUCGGUGUUUAUGAUGCCGUUUUCUUCAAGGGCUUUGGCCAUGGCAGCUAGUUAUACGGGUCUGCCAUUGCACAACCCUUCGCCCGUAGAGGGCAGGGUUGUUUUUUUUUUUUUUCCACCUAGCCCUAGUUUUUAAUCUGGCGUCAUUUUUGGAUGAACUUUCAACUGUAACUUCCAUAUUAUAUAAUGGAUACCAACACCUGCCCUUUGUAUUGUAUUAUCCACGAGAAGUCAUGAAUAAAUCAAUAGUUUCUUUAAA